AUGGCACCAAGGAAUCAAACAGGAAUUUCAGAAAUUCUUCUUAUGGGAUUUAUGGAUGAAUCAGAAUUGCAACCUAUCAUAUUUAUUAUAUUCCUCUCCCUGUACCUGAUCACAGUGUUUGGGAACCUGCUCAUCAUCCUGGUCGUCAGCUCAGAUUCACACCUUCACAGUCCCAUGUACUUCUUCCUCUCCAACCUGUCCUUUGUAGACAUCUAUUUCACCUCCACCACCAUCCCAAAGAUGCUGUGGAACAUCCAGACGCAGAGCAAAGUUAUCCCCUUUGAAGGCUGCAUCAUCCAGAUGUAUUUUUUCACACUCUUUGCAGGAUUGGACAGCCUAAUCCUGACUGUGAUGGCCUAUGACAGAUUUGAAGCCAUUUGUCACCCCUUGCGCUACACAGUCAUUAUGAAUCUCUGGUUCUGUCUACUGCUGGUUCUGGUGUCCUGGAUCAUAAGUGCCCUGCAUUCCUUAUUAGAAAGCUUAAUGGUGUUGCAACUGUCCUUCUGUCCAGUCUUAGAAAUAUCCCACUUUUUCUGUGAACUCAAUCAGAUGAUCCAACUUGCCAGUUCUGACACCUUUCUCAAUAACCUGGUGAUGUAUUGUGGAGCUGUAUUGCUGGCUGGUAUUUCCCUUACUGGUAUCCUUUACUCUUAUUCAAAAAUAGUUUCCUCCAUACAUGCCAUCUCAUGUUCUCAAGGGAAGUAUAAAGCAUUUUCCACCUGUGCAUCACACCUCUCAGUUGUUUCCUUAUUUUAUUGUACAAGCUUAGGAGUGUACCUUAGCUCUGCUGCUACCCACAGCUCAUACUCAAGUGCAACAACCUCAGUGAUGUACACUGUGGUCACACCCAUGCUGAACCCCUUCAUCUACAGUUUGAGAAAUAAGGACUUAAAGAAGGGUCUGAAAAUACUCUAUAGAAAGGUAACUGUAAAAGGUCCUCUUGUCCUGGGGCUUAGGAAGUGUCCUUGA